GCCCAUAAGCCAUAACCAUCUUUCUCUCUCUGGAUUUGGGCACUCAAUAACAGAAGAAAAAAACACAGAAACAGAUCAAAGAGAGAAGAAGAAGAAGGAGAUGGGGAUGGUAAUGGUGAUGGUCGGGGUGGCGGUGAUAAUGGUGUGUAUCUGCUCUGCUUUGCUGCGAUGGAACGAAAUGCGUUAUACCAAGAAACGCCUCCCUCCAGGCACCAUGGGUUGGCCCAUCUUCGGCGAAACCACCGACUUCCUCAAACAAGGUCCCGACUUCAUGAAAACCAAACGAGCCCGAUACGGGAAUUUCUUCAAGUCGCACGUGCUGGGCUGUCCGACGAUUGUGUCGAUGGACGCAGAGCUGAACAGAUACAUUCUGAUGAACGAAUCAAAAGGGUUUGUCGCAGGUUACCCGAAGGCGAUGGUCGACAUCCUCGGGUCGAGCAACAUCGCAGCGGUCCAUGGCUCGAACCACAGGCUCAUGAGAGGCUCGUUGCUGUUUCUGAUUAGCCCGGCCAUGAUCAGAGACCAUCUCUUGCCCAAGAUCGAUUCCUUCAUGAGAAGAUAUGUUAGUAGUUGGGAUGAGUCCGGUGUCAUUGAUAUUCAGGACAAGACCAAGCAUAUGGCAUUUUUGUCUUCAUUGGCACAAGUAGCAGAAACAUUAACCAAAGCAGAAACUGAAGCAUUCACAAACGAGUUCUUCAAGCUCGUUCUCGGAACCAUAUCUAUCCCGAUUAACCUCCCGGGCUCGAAUUACCGGUUCGGAACUCAGGCAAGAAAGAACAUAGAUGGACUUUUAACCAAACUGAUGGAAGAGAGGAGAGCUUCUGGAGAAACUUUCAAUGAUAUGUUGGGUUACUUGAUGAGGAAGGAAGAUAAUCGGUACCCCUUAUCUGAUAAGGAGAUAAGAGAUCAAAUUGUAACGAUUCUGUAUUCGGGUUAUGAAACUGUCUCUACAACCUCCAUGAUGGCUCUUAAGUACCUCCAUGAUCAUCCCAAGGCUCUGGAAGAGAUCAGAAGGGAACACUUCUCUGUUAGGGAAAGGAAAGGUAGCGAUGAACCACUCGAUUUUGAAGAUGUGAAAUCGAUGAAAUUCACUCGUGCGGUGAUAUUCGAGGCAUCAAGAUUGGCAACCAUCGUCAAUGGUGUUCUUAGGAAGACAACUCAUGACAUGGAAUUCAAUGGAUACUUCAUCCCAAAAGGGUGGAGAAUAUAUGUAUACACAAGGGAGUUGAACUAUGAUACCUCUCUGUAUCAAGAUCCAUUCACCUUCAAUCCAUGGAGAUGGAUGGACAAGAACUUGGAAACAAAGAACUACUUCCUUCUGUUUGGCGGUGGAAUCAGGCUCUGUCCUGGCAAGGAACUGGGCAUUGUCGAAAUCUCUUCCUUCCUUCACCACUUCAUAACCAGAUACAGGUGGGAGGAGGUUGGAGGAGAGAAACUGAUGGUGUUUCCGAGAGUUUUUGCGCCGAAAGGGUUCCAUGCUAGGGUUUCAGCUUACUGACUUUGCCAAAUCUUAGAGAAGACAGACAGAUUUGUACAGAGGAGGAAGAGAGAUUACAGAGGAAACCCAGGAAAAUAAAAUAACCAGAAAAAUAAAAUAAAAAGGGAGAGAGAGUAUAAAAUUUCCGUGUGUAGAUUAUGUCAGAAUAAGACAGAUCAGAAACGAGCUUUGUCUCUGUCUUCUGAGUUUUUACCCAGCAUUUGUUCACCUCAGAGAUUUUACUGUUCCAUCUGUACAGAAUUAUGGGCAGGUCCUUGUUCAAACCCAUCUUUGGCUUUCUUUGCUGCCAUCUUCCUUGGUAGAGAAAGAGGAACUUUUCAUA